GACAUAUCUAUGGACUUUGUUUUGGAGCUGCCUAGGACCAAAAGGGGUAGAGAUUCUAUUUUUGUGGUUGUGGAUAGAUUCAGUAAGAUGGCACAUUUCAUUCCAUGCCAUAAAACAGAUGAUGCAACCAACAUAGCUGACUUGUUUUUCCGGGAGAUAGUGCGACUCCAUGGUGUACCUAGGAGUAUUGUUUCUGAUAGAGAUGUUAAAUUCGUUAGCUACUUUUGGAAGGUGUUGUGGGGGAAAUUAGGUACUAAGCUCUUAUUUUCCACUACUUGUCAUCCGCAGACUGCUGGUCAGACUGAAGUAGUUAAUAGGACUUUAAUUCAGCUUUUACGCACUGUUGUUCAUAAGAAUUUAAAAACUUGGGAGGAUUGUUUGCCAUUUAUAGAGUUUGCAUAUAAUAGGACGAUGCAUACUACAACUUCAUACUCUCCUUUUGAACUUGUUUAUGGAUUUAAUCCACUUACUCCUUUGGAUUUGAUGCCUUUACCUGUUGAUAACAGGAGUAGUUUGGAUGGACAAAAGAAGGCAGAGUUGGUGAAGUCACUUCAUGAGAGGGUACGACUUCAAAUUGCCCAAAAGAAUGAAAGGGUUGCGUCCCAAGCCAAUAAAGGACGAAGGCAUGUCAUCUUUGAACCAGGAGAUUGGGUUUGGGUUCACAUGCGCAAAGAAAGAUUCCCAGCCCAUAGAAGGACUAAGUUACAUCCUCGAGGAGAUGGACCUUUCCAAAUUCUUGAGAAAAUUAAUGACAAUGCAUAUAAAGUGGAUCUUCCAGGUGAGUAUAAAGUUUCUGCAACUCUCAAUGUUUCUGAUCUUUCUCCUUUUGAUGACAUAUCUAUGGACUUUGUUUUGGGGCUGCCUAGGACCAAAAGGGGUAGAGAUUCUAUUUUUGUGGUUGUGGAUAGAUUCAGUAAGAUGACACAUUUCAUUCCAUGCCAUAAAACAGAUGAUGCAACCAACAUAGCUGACUUGUUUUUCCGGGAGAUAGUGCGACUCCAUGGUGUACCUAAGAGUAUUGUUUCUGAUAGGGAUGUUAAAUUCCUUAGCUACUUUUGGAAGGUGUUGUGGGGGAAAUUGGGUACUAAGCUCUUAUUUUCCACUACUUGUCAUCCGCAGACUGAUGGUCAGACUGAAGUAGUUAAUAGGACUUUAACUCAACUUUUACGCACUGUUGUUCAUAAGAAUUUAAAAACUUGGGAGGAUUGUUUGCCAUUUAUAGAGUUUGCAUAUAAUAGGACGAUGCAUACUACUACUUCGUACUCUCCUUUCGAAAUUGUUUAUGAAUUUAAUCCACUUACUCCUUUGGAUUUGAUCCUGUUGAUGACAGGAGUAGUGGAUGGACAAAAGAAGGCGGAGUUAGUGAAGUCACUUCAUGAGAGGGUACUGCUUCAAAUUGCCCAAAAGAAUGAAAGGGUUGCGUCCCAAGCCAAUAAAGGACGAAGGCGUGUCAUCUUUGAACCAGGAGAUUGGGUUUGGGUUCACAUGCGCAAAGAAAGAUUCCCAACCUAUAGAAGGACUAAGUUACAUCCUCGAGGAGAUGGACCUUUCCAAAUUCUUGAGAAAAUUAAUGACAAUGCAUAUAAAGUGGAUCUUCCAGGUGAGUAUAAAGUUUCUGCAACUUUCAAUGUUUCUGAUCUUUCUCCUUUUGAUGGGCCUUCUCUUUUCCUAUAUUCUUUCCUUGUGAGUAGGGAAGUCCUCUUUUACGAUCGUUCUGAACUUGAGUAA